AUGGACGACGUGGAGUCGGACUUCAACCUCAAGGUCGUCCUGGUCAGCUUCAAGCAGUGUCUCAACGAGAAGGAGGAGGUGCUGCUGGAGCACUACCUCGCCGGCUGGAGGGGGCUGGUCAGGUUCCUGAACAGCCUGGGCGCCAUCUUCUCCUUCAUCUCCAAGGACGUAGUGGCGAAGCUGCAGGUGAUGGAGCGUCUGUGCGGAGGGCCCCAGCGGGACCACUACUGCAGCCUGCAGUCCAUGGUGGCCUACGAGGUGGGCAACCAGCUGGUGGACCUGGAGCGCCGCUCCCGCCACCCGGACUCGGGCUGCCGGACGGUGCUGCGGCUGCACCGGGCGCUGCGCUGGCUGCAGCUCUUCCUGGAGGGCCUGCGCACCAGCCCGGAGAACGCGCGCACGGCCACGCUCUGCACCGACUCCUACAACGCCUCGCUGGCCGCCUACCACCCCUGGAUCGUCCGCCGGGCCGUCACCGUGGCCUUCUGCACGCUGCCCUCGCGCAAGGUCUUCCUGGAGGCCAUGCACGUGGGGUCCGCGGAGCAGGCCGUGGCCAUGCUGGGCGAGGCCCUGCCCUUCAUUGAGCAUGUGUACGACGUCUCCCAGAAGCUCUACGCCGAGCACGCCCUGCUGGACCUGCCCUAG